GUCAUCCAUCAUGCCCUAACUGGCCCUUUUGCAAGGCUCAAAUAGUGAGCAAUUUCGUGUCGGUGACUCCAGCACCUGGUAAAGAAGAUUGACCUUUCUAGGUUCUGCUAAUCGGCAUUAAUUACACAUUUUACAAACCUACAAGUUUUAUCAAACAGUCAAUUCAAUCGAAAGAAACAAGACAGCCCGAAAACGAAUUGCAUCGAUCGACCCCUGAGCCCCUGACUGAAUUUCAUCGAACAGUCAAUUGAAUCUGUUGUUGAAGUGCUGAAUUUCUAAAUUUACGUUUCUUGAAGAGGUUUUAGGUUUUUAAAAGUUCUAGGGUUUUUCAUGGAAGAGGUUGGGAGUGAUGGUGCCUCGCCGUUGGCACCGCUGGCCAAGUGGAGAAACGAUUUUUCGAGGGCGUUUCAGUAUUAUUUGGAUAGGUCAACUCCUCAUCCAGUAGAGAGGUGGGUCGGAACUCUUGUGGCUAUGGCGAUUUACGUAUUGAGGGUUUAUUAUCUUCAAGGUUUCUACAUCGUGUCGUAUGGUUUAGGAAUUUAUAUCUUGAAUCUGUUGAUUGGGUUUCUGUCUCCAAAAAUUGAUCCAGAGCUGGAAGCUUUGGAUGGGGCUUCGUUGCCAACGAAAGAAUCAGAUGAAUUUAGGCCUUUCAUUCGCCGUCUUCCUGAGUUCAAGUUCUGGUAUGCCAUCACAAAGGCUUUCGUUGUGGCCUUUGUAAUGACCUUCUUUUCUGUAUUUGACGUUCCAGUUUUCUGGCCCAUACUACUCUGCUAUUGGAUCGUUUUAUUUGUGCUCACAAUGAAGCGUCAAAUCAUGCACAUGAUCAAGUACAAAUAUGUUCCUUUCGACUUUAGAAAGCAGAGGUAUAGUGGGAAGAAGUCUGCUGCAAGCAGCAGUGGCUCAUCGAGAGACUGAAGUUGGACUGAUAGGAGUGACAUAGACCUUCAAGGCUUCAAGUUCAUUAUGUAUCCAUAUUUCACGUAUAUGUUGCUGGUUUCAUUCUGUUUGGAUUCCCAAGGAUCGCAAUUUGCGUGAUUCAGAAUUCUGAUCUUCCCCAUUGUCUCUACUUGUCCAGUGUAAUUUGUUAGUGGCCAAGUCUGUAUGUUAUAUGACUCAGAUGUUUUCCUUUUUUCAAUGUAUAUAUGUUUUAGAAGCUUCCUGUUGGGUUUGGUUAACACAGCAUCAUUAAAGGGGAUACUUUUUGAACUGGAGCAUGAAUCGUUAGAUAGAAGGAAAGAGGAUGGGUAGGUAGGGGA